AUGGAGUUCUCCUCAGCAUUCACCUUUCGGCAACAACCCCAAGACAACCAAGAAUCCACUAGUGAAGAUCCUAUCCCCAUUCCACCUCCCGGUAUUCACUGCCCUCACUUUGCGGGAUUUAUAGCAGUAUCCUUCGCAAAUGGUGGCGACGCUAUAGGCCUGCAGCCUGUGAUAUCGAAUGCCGCCCCCACAUUCCAAGAUGUAUCCCUUGGUGGUGGCUCGUUCGAUGUUCGAAAAGUCAAAGCGUCUUCUUUUCCGAUUGGUCUGGGUACGGAGAUCUUGAAAGGUCGCAAACAUGUCGCCGUUAAACAUCCAAGAACGCAAGAUGACGGUUCUGUGUCCUUUGCCGACAUAGCCUUGGAACUACAGAUCUUGAGACACCCUCCUGUCCAGAAACAUGAGAACAUCGUUGACUUAUUGGCUGUCAUGUAUCAUGAUACCGGAAACAAGGAGGGAAUAACUGUUGUUCCCGCUCUGGUGCUCGAAUAUGCUGAGUAUGGAAAUCUCAAGUCAUAUCAAGAAGCAGGUUACGGACGGUCGCUGCAUGAGAAGCUAGACAUUGCUAUCGACGCAGCAAGGGGUCUUGAAGGCCUUCACGAAGCAGGAAUUGUCCACGGUGAUGUCAAGCCCUCUAAUCUUCUUGUCUUCAAACAUCCAACCAAAAAGACCAUCAUUAAAAUCAGCGACUUUGGGUUUGCGAUGCCCAUGCAAGGUGGGCAGCUUAUCGGCAGUACCGAGGUCUACCGUGCACCUGAGGCAGAGACAGCAGAUUUUGACAGUCGCUAUCUUCGCCAGCAAGACAUUUACUCUUUUGGCUUGACGCUAUGGACGAUUAUUGGUGACGGAGAGGCUUAUCACAGCACUUUACCAGACGGCGAUAAGCUUGAGAGUGUUUGGAAGCUCAAAAAGAGUAAUCUGAUAGCGAGCCUUGCUACUUUCAACGUCCUCCAUCGUCUGCGAAACGAGAAAUAUCCACUCAUGACACUUGCAAAACUCAUUCUCACAUGUCUGCAGUGCUCUCCGGAGAAAAGAUUCUCAAGCAUGUCCAAAAUUAUCGAUCACCUCGAAGUUACAAAGUCUCUCGUGGGCAGCAUGGAUGGGCGUGAUACUCCAGACGCCAGCGCCCUAACAGCUGCGCUCCCUACCUUUGAGAGCAUCGUUUACAGAGCCAAGAUCCCCACGACAGAUGAUGAGAGAUCGGAAAGGACGAUUCUCAAAGGUCUUACUACUGUGAUCUUUGCAUAUCUCCGCCAGGAGCUCGAUCUCCAGGACACCCCUCCAAGCAUUGAUCCAUGGCAAAUAUGUAACAUGAUGACCCAUUUCUUGCCAAGAGUGCAUGAGCGGUACUAUUCCUCAUUCAGUCAAGGCGAGACUCCGUUUAUCGCUGCGCUCAAGGGAAUUUCCAAGGCGAGACUUGAGAAGACGAUAUCAGAGCUCUUGCCUACCAUAUCGCAACUCUUGCCCAGGGAAGCCAGUCCAAGCGAAACGAGUGACGCUCAGCCUCUUUCUGGCGUGAAUGCAUGUUUACUCAUCCUUGACUGCGCUGGACUCUUGAAUGAGCCUUUCAAUACCGAAUUGUUCUCAUUGGUUACCAACAAGUCGAAAUCGGAACCAAUAAAGCUUUUCAAAGACGAAGACUUCAUCCCUGACAUUAAGAAAAGCUCAAAUACCCUGCAAAAGACUCCAAAGGCUGCUCGAGUCGCCCUUUUCAAUAGUCUAAAGACCAUCUUUGAGACAUCCAACAAUCAGAAUGAAAGAGCAAAAGCCGCCCUAAACCUUGCUAGUGCCUAUAUGGACGAUAUAGGAGUUGAGUACAAUUUGAAGUCAGCAUCCUACUAUAUUCGCGAAGCAGCCCAGCUCGGUUCCGAAGCAGCCCGAACUCUCUAUAUAUCCGUGUUUUCUCACGUUCCUGACCAAGAGACUCCUGAUGACGAGACGCUACGUACCUGGGUUGUCGAGUCAGCGCAAGCCGGAAACCCGGUUGCUCUCCAGAAACUGAAAAAGGACUGGCCUUCAGACUGGCGACAAGUCAAGCAGAAGCUUCACCUCGAUGAACUAAAUCGUCUCGGCGUCAACGUCAGCGCGUCUGAGGACUUAUCUUCCAUGUUGCAAGUCUUGUCUCUGAGGGAAGUCGAGUUCUCCUACUCUAGAGAUCUGCUUUUAUGGAGUAUUGUUCUAGACAAGCCAGAUGUGGCAAUGACCUGCUUGAACCAGAAUCAAAACUUGCCCGAACUAGCUCUGCAGAAUGAGGAGACGCCUGUACUGGUCGCGGCUCGCCUUGGUCGAAAACGCGUUCUGGAGACCAUAAUACGACACCCAAGCUGCAGAAGUGCUGCACAGAUGGCCGACGCAAGAGGUAUAACGCCUCUUCACUGGCUCGGCUCCUUCGAAGACGAAGACCAUGAGGCCAUCGCAAGCCUUAUGGUCAGCAAAGGCGCCGAGCUAAACUCUCCUGCUUGUGGAAUAUCACGCACGCAAUAUGGAGUAAGAGUUGACGAAGAUGGAAUUCUGGCUCAAACUCCUCUGCAUUGGGCUAUCACACAGAAGAGACUUUCUGCAGUGGAUGUUCUCCUCAAACUGGGUGCUGAUCCGACAUUCUGUAUGGAGGUAGAGGAGGGGGAGGCAUCGCACCUCUCGCCACUUGAACUCGCAUGUGGACUUUGCUACUCACCAGUUAUCGAACGUCUUCUUCAAGAGCCAUUGGUUCGACUGGGAGCAAGCAAGCUGAAGCCAAUGGUAGGCGGAAGCGACCUUAUGUAUUUGCCUCUUUUCCACGUUAUAUCCGGAACUCCUCGUUGGCAGCGACUGUUGACAUUGGGAGUCGACUUUGAGUUGGAGACGAAGAAGACAAUGAAAGCCUUAAUUGAGAGCGGCGCACCUACAGAUGCUGUCUUACAACUUGGGGACAAUGUUAAGAUGACAGCAGUGUUUGCAACGGCGUACCAUCAAUGCGCGGUAGACCUUAUGGUUUCAGGUCUUGAGCUGGGCUUUGCGAAGCAGAUCAAUACUACCUUUGGAAGAAUAUCCAAUGGAGGCUCUGCUCUGUUUCUGGCGAUUACGCAUGGCGAUCGCGAUAUGUUUCAGGCUCUUGUCGACGCUGGCGCGGAUGUCAAUGCGGUGGAUGCUGAUGGUCUCAACGCGCUGUACCGUGCUGCCAAAGAAACAGAUGACGUCUACUUCAUUGAGAAGCUUCUGGAAAUGGGUCUCCCAGUCGAUCCGGUCACGCCAGAGCCUUUGAGCGCGUUCUAUACUGCCGCUUACAGUGGAAACUUUACUGUUGCACAGUAUCUCUUCGAUCAUGGCGCGGAUAGAGACCGCAUUCCUACGUCGAUUAGCAAGAGUAUUAUGUCAGACAUGCUCUUAACAGGCACCAGGAAUGCCCUCCAUCGCGUCAAGUUUCUGCUCAGUCUUCCGGACCGCAAUGGCUCUGAUGGAUUCUUGGUAGAUAUCGGCCGUGACACGUUUUCGUUAUUCCAUUUCACUAUCAAGUAUGUCGGCGAAUUCGCUAAAGAGCACGAGGUCGCUGGAAUCAUGAUUGUCGAACUCCUUCGAAAGUACAACACUAAAGACCAGCUCGACAACACAGCGGGACCAUACAAGAUGACUCCAAUAGCUGUAGCCGCCGAAUCUGGGAACUAUUUCGCCGUGAGACGACUUCUCGAGUACGGCGCAAACCCAAAUAUCCCGGAUAACUAUGGACGAACGGCAUUGGACCUGGUGUACAGGAGAUGCUGUUACCCAGAAAUGCUUCCGGCUCUUAAAGAAGCAGAUGUGGAUGAUGAGAAGAUUGUGAAUAAGAUUCUGAAGGCGGCGAAUGAGAACACGACCGAGGUGAUGAGUCUUCUUAAGUCAUAUAACGCUGAGACCAAGAGUUGGGUUGCACCGUCGUGGAUUGAGACUGAUAGUGGAUUUCGUAGCUUGGAUUGGGUUUUGGAGCGUCUGCGCGAACAACGUAAAUCUGGUGGUGGGUAG